CACUCUAGCUAGCUGCUUUGCUUUUCCUUUGGGCUUCGAAAGUAUUUGACUUGCAAUCAUGAUGGUGCAUUAAACUAUUGUUGGUUUGCCAAAUUGGCCACCGGAUAAACCCUAUAUAAAGGAGUUUCUCCUUGCAAGCAAAGCAAGCAAACAUUGCAGAGAAGCUUGUUGCUAGCUAGCAAUUUAUCUUGGCAUAAACAGAAAGUUGCAUUAAUGGCGGCUGUGUCUUCAAAAUGGGUUUAUUUGCUUCUACUUUUCUUGUGCAUUGUUCUUCAUUCGAGUGCUAUCACUCUUGGAGGCGGUGCUGGUGGAGGAGGAGGAGGUGAUGGUGGUUCAGGUCCUGGCGGGGGCUUCGGAGCAGGAGGUGGUGCAGGUGGUGGUCUUGGAGGCGGUGCUGGUGGAGGAUUUGGAGUUGGAAUUGGCGUUGGUAUAGGAGUUGGAGUUGGAGUUGGUGCAGGUGCCGGCCAGGGAUCUGGUAUUGGUUCUGGCAAUGGUAAUAGUGGCAGGCAUUAAACAUACUUUACCUUGAAAACAAUCUUAUUAAUUAAAGGAAAACAGAAGAUUUCUAGCUUGAAGCCUAAUUAAUCACCUUCUGUGAUGUCAGUUUUCCCACCUUCUCCUGUAACUUCGGUUCUUAUAAAACACUAUUUGUCACUGUA